UGCGCCGCCAAUUCCCAUUGCCUCUGCGACAAUAAUCGACUUUCCAGUACAAUGGCCGCCCAACGUGGAGCUGUGAAGACCACAUAUGCUCUCGAGCGCACUCUGCAGCCCAUAUAUUCAGGGGGCAGUGUGUCAUUGAGCGACGACGGCCGCAUUCUUGCUGCCUGCCUGGGUGAGGAUGUUACCCUCACAGAUCUUCAAAAUGGCAAAGAAUUAGGGAACAUAGAAGGGGACGGGGAGCCCAUAACUGCCUUGAUUCUAACACCUUCCGCUUCCCAUUUGAUUGUUUGCUCUCGGUCCAUGUCCAUGCGCAUUUAUUCUCUGGAUCUCGACGAGACUGACCACGAACUACUCCAACCGCAACUCCUCCGAUCGCUCCGUCCACACAGCUCGCCUGUCGUCACCUUGGCUGUCGACGGGACCGGUACCCUACUGGCCACCGGUGGAGCAGAUGGGAUCGUAAAAGUAUGGGACAUUCGCGCAGGGUACACUACACACACUUUUCACGGAGCUGGAGGUGUCGUUUCUGCCCUACAUUUCUUUCAAGUCGAGGUGGCAGCAAAGGGCGACUCUAGCAAAAAGAGGAAGCGAACAAAAUCGCAGCAAGAUGAAAAUGACGAUGCUAUACAAAAGGAAGAAUCUGGGCUGGAGUUUAGAUUAGCUUCGGGAGCCGAAGAUGGAAAAAUUCGCAUUUGGGAUCUACACAAACGCAGAAGCGCCGCCAUUCUGGAUUCACAUGUAUCAGUGGUGCGAUCUAUCCAAUACUCUCCGGCUCAACAUAUGCUGGUAUCGGGAAGCAGAGACAAGACGCUUAUAUUAUGGGACGCCUCCACGUGGAAGCCGAAACGUACCGUCGCAGCCCUAGAAGCACUCGAAAGCGUAGGAUUCAUUGUGCAAGAUCAAAUCAUCUUUUCUGGUGGAGAAAAUGGACGACUACGCCUAUGGUCAACAGCAACUGGUCGCGAAAUGACAUCCGAGCAAGAGCCGGGGACCGAAACAGACGCGAUUGUGGAUACUUUAUAUCACUCUUCACUCCACUUUUUAAUAUCGGUGCAUGCUGACCAGGUACUGGCUUUCCACUCCCUCGAACCAGUUCAGGUCCCGUUUGCGCAAGACACGGUUGAGCCAUUACCCAUAUUUCGAAGAGUUUCCGGUACCCACGACGAAGUUAUAGAUCUAGCCUACGUAGGCGCCGACAAGUCACUCCUAGCCUUGAAUACCAACUCCGAAGAUGUUCGAAUCGUGACUCUGGAAUCUUCGCCCUCAGAAGGAGAUAGUGGGUCGGCUGGACGAUACUUUGGUGCCGACGUUGCCUUGUUGAAAGGCCACGACGACUUGAUUAUAUCUAUGGAUGUGGAUUGGUCGGGACAUUGGCUAGCAACGGCUUCGAAAGACAAUACCGCUCGCUUGUGGCGACUUGACCCGGAAGUGGAUUCCUACACAUGCGCUGCGGUCUUGACAGGACAUGCGGAGUCCCUAGGAGCGAUUGCAUUGCCACAUGCAACCCCCCAAGAGACCUCCGCUGCAUUCAAGGAUCCCCUUUCCCAUCCCCCGCCAUUCAUCAUAACAGGAUCCCAAGAUCGUACUGUGAAAAGAUGGGAUACAAGCAAAGACAUGAAACAGAAACUCCGCGCAAAGUACACGCGCAAGGCUCACGACAAAGACAUAAACGCAGUCGACAUUGAUGCUUCCGGCACCCUUUUCGCCUCAGCAUCCCAAGAUCGAACAGUGAAGAUUCACUCCGUAGAAGAAGGCGAGGCAGUGGGUGUUCUUCGUGGGCACCGAAGAGGUGUAUGGACGGUGAAGUUUCAACCAAAGGAGUCCCAGCCCCCAGGAUCUAGCAACAAAGGCUUGAUAGCUACCGGAAGUGCUGAUAAGACAGUCAAAGUCUGGAGCUUAGCGGAUUACAGCUGUCUACUCACUCUCGAAGGCCAUUCUAACAGUGUGCUCAAACUUGCGUGGCUUCCAUAUAGACCAGUUGAUGCACGCGACAAGCGAGGGCCUCAGCUUUCUUCAGCAGCCGGCGAUGGACUCGUCAAGAUUUGGGAUUCCGUGUCUGGAGAAUCCAUGUCAACCCUUGACAACCAUACCGAUCGUGUUUGGGCAUUAACAUCGCACGCAACAACUGGCGCUCUUAUAUCUGGAGGUGCUGACAGUGUCAUCAGCUUGUGGUCGGAUACGACGAGCGCUACACUGGAGGCAGCUACGACUGCCGAAACACAACGUGUGGAGCUAGAUCAGAAGCUACAAAAUUACGCAUACCAUGGAAACUAUCGCGAAGCCAUCACAUUGGCAUUACAAAUGGACCAACCAGGACGCCUUUUCUCCUUGUUCAAAUCGGUCGUUGAGAGCGAAGCGCCUGAUGAAGGCAGUAUGUCGGGCCUCACCGCUGUGGACGAUGUUCUGGCCAACCUUGCCGACGAGCAACUAUAUAAACUUCUCCUCCGAUUGCGCGACUGGAAUACAAACGUGCGGUCCGCCACGGUUGCGCAGAAGAUACUAUGGACACUGGUGAAGUCUUACCCUGCAUCGCAACUUGCCAAUAUCAGGCCUGUUGGAAAAGUCGGCGCCAAAGGCAGUCUGAAGGAUAUUCUAGACGCGAUCCGGGCGUAUUCAGAGCGUCACUACAAGCGUAUUGAGGAAUUGGUUGACGAAAGUUACCUCCUCGAUUUCACCCUGAACGAGAUGGACGAAGUAGGUGAUAAACUCGCCUUCACCAAUAUCACCGGAUCAAGUAAUGAACUCAAUGGCGACGUGAUCAUGGUGGAGUAGCAAGUUAGCUAGCAUACAUUUUGUAUAAAAUUCGCUCAACACACGAUUUCAAUCAUAUACCCUCUCCCAAAUUCAUUCCUAUCCCCCUCGCACUACAUCUCUCAAUCUUACUAUUU